AAACAAAUAAAGGAAAAAGAAAACCCCGGCAGCCUCCUGUUCCUCAGCUCUGCAGUCUCUUGGCCUUCUUGGCCUCCAUAGCAGCCAGAGCUUCUCUUUCUCACAAACACAACCAACCAUCCCUGUCUAUGCUCUGUUCUUUCUAGCACUACCUUACCAUUACUCUGUGCUUCCUCUUUGCUUUUAAUAAUUCGUAUACCUGCAUUCCUAAAACCCAUUUGAACAAACAAACCCAAUAAUUAUUAUCAUCAACCCAGAUCACUAAUCAUCCAUCAGAGUUUACCAUUAAUCGAACAAUGAAUUCUGAUCAAGACCCAGUAAGUUUGUCAUCUUCAGGUGCGGCACCUGAUCAUCCUCUGCCAAUGGAGAAACUUUAUGACCAAGGCCCUCCACCAUUUCUCACCAAAACUUAUGACAUCGUUGAUGACCCAACAACCAAUGAUAUAGUUUCUUGGAGCAGAGACAACAAUAGCUUUGUUGUGUUGGAUCCUCAGAAAUUUUCCAUGAGCCUUCUCCCCAGAUACUUCAAGCACAACAAUUUCUCUAGCUUCGUCAGGCAGCUCAACACCUAUGGAUUUAGAAAGGUUGAUACAGAUAGAUGGGAGUUCGCUAAUGAAGGGUUUCUCAGAGGGCAAAAACAUAUUUUGAAGAACAUCCGGAGGAGGAAGACAUCUUACCAUCCUCAGGCUUCACAGAAAGCUUUGGACUCUUGUGUUGAAGUUGGAAAGUUUGGAUUGGAUGGAGAGAUUGACCAGCUGAGGCGUGAUAAACAGGUUUUAAUGGGGGAACUGGUGAAGCUUAGACAACAGCAGCAAACUACUAGAGUUUACCUCCACGGAAUGGAAAAUAGACUGAAGAGGACAGAGAUGAAACAGCAACAUCUGAUGAAUUUCUUGGCAAGAGCAAUGCAGAAUCCCAACUUUGUACAACAAUUGGCACAACAGAAGGACAAAAGGAAUGAACUCGAGGAAGCAAUUACUAAGAAGAGAAGGCGGCCUAUUGAGCAAGGGCCUAGUAGUUUUGAGGUGGAUGAAUUAGGCCACGUUGGAGUAGAAACUUUUGUUAAAGUUGAACCUGAAGAAUACGAUGAGGAAGAAUGUACAGAGAAGGAAGAGGGAAAUGAAAGUGGAAGCAAAGACCCGGAUAAAAGUUUCUGGCACGAAUUGUUGAAUGAGAGUAUUGAUGAAGAAAUUGGUAUGCUAGGUGUUCAAGAAGAAGAUGAGGAUGUCGAUGUGUUCGUCGAGGAGCUUGUUUACUUGGCCUCUAGUCCCAAGUAAAGAAGAUGAGGAGCUUUCAUAAAUGUUUUCUUCAAGAAGUUCGGUAGGAGACGCUCAUCGUUCAAAAAAUCUUGAAGUUCCUAAAUGGUUUCUUAAUUGGAAUUGAAGAGUGAAUGGCAACACUUUAACACUGAGAAAUUACACUGAUGAAGCAAAACAGAAAACAAUAUUCCAAUGCAAACUGGUUAGGUUCUGGGAUUUUCCUUCAGUGAUGGUAUUUUUAGGAUAUCUUAAAUUUCCGGGUUUGCUUUUAGAACUGCUCUCAUUUCCUUUCUUGUCCACAGUCUAAUUUUGUUCCUGCCAGUGGUAGGAAAUUAAAGGUAUGUAUUUAUCUGAUAGAUCAUUAAUCUUGACAUUCAUGACCUUAAAAUCCAGUUGGAGAUUGCACCCUUGAGAUCAUGUUCUGCUUAAUUUGUAACUGACUGUUGACAUCAGUGAUCUAGAACCCUUUUGCUA